CAACGGCCGCCCUCUCCCUCGGCAAGGCGUCAUGGCGGCGCUGGCAGGCUCCCCCUCGGCCGGCCUUCCUUCUCUGGCCGCGGCGGCGGCGGCCGCCCCCAGCCCCGUGGGCCCGCCGGGCUACCGGCCCUUCGAGCCCGAGGCGCUGGGGCUCGGCCCGGGCUGGCGGCUCACCAGCUACGGGGAGCUGCGCGGCUGAGGCUGCAAAGUCCCUCAGGAGACGCUGCUCAGGCUCCUGGAGGGACUCGGCGGCGGGGCCCGCGCGGGAGAGGCGGGCGCAGGGGAGGCGGCUGCCGUCGGCGGGGCCCCCCGGACCCUCGGUGAGGCUGGGCGCGGAGGGGGUGGGGAGGCGCUCCGAAGGCCGCGGAAGGGGGAGGCCCACGGUGCGGGGCCGCCGCCAGGCGGGGGGGGGGGGGAGGCCUUUUUCGGAUUUUCUCCGUUUAAAUCAACGCCCCAUAUCCUGCAGCGGGGUAGCUUGCUGAUGCGGGAGAAAGGCUCUGGCCCUCCGUAGACCUCUCCCCCCGUUCUGUUUUUCUACUCGAAUAUGUCGUUUUCUUAACGUAGGGGAGUUUUAAAGUCUAACCUUCACCAGAAGGUCUAGGCUGAAUUUGUCUCCCCCACUCCAAAAAAAUCACAUGUAAUUAACGCUGAUACGUCUUACAGAAUUAUUUCAAAGAUUGCAACUAUGUAACGUGGAGACUGCGUUAAACACUUGAGACCACUUAAGUAUUCAAUUACAAGUACUGUAUAAUUCCUUCCGUACAAAAGUCCAUUCUACAGGUUCUCAAACACCCUAGUUCAUGAACAACUUAGAACCCGAAUGUUGCAAACCCGGAAGUGAGCGUUCCAGUUCUGGAAAUAUUUUAGUGUUGCGCUUCCAUUUUUAGAGAGAUUGCACUGAUUGGGGCAGUGGGGAGAAGCCUCCUGGCAGCGCUCUGAAACCCAGUUGCUUUGACCUGAGAGAGAGAGAGAUCUUGAAAGAUCAUGCUGAUUGGGGCAGUGGGGAGAAGCGUUUUAGGGGUAGUUUUUCAACAGCCUGGAACCGAUUAAUCCAUUUUGCAUUACUUUCUAUGGGAGAGCACGCCUUGGUUUUGGAAUGGACUUCCGGAACAGAUUAAGUUCAAGAACCAAGGUACUACUGUAGUAAUAAUAAUAAUUUAUUUGUACCCCACCCAUCUGGCUGGGUUUCCCCAGCCACUCUGGGCGGCUUCCACAAAGACCAAAAAUACACUAAGAUGUCAUACAUUAAAAACUUCCCUGAACAGGGCUGCCUUAAGAUGUCUUCUGAAUGUCAGGUAGUUGUUUAUCUCAAUCUUUGGACUCUAGGACAUUAUUCCUCAUUUGGCUGCAUUUGUAGACCUGGGCUGAAGAUAGGGCUGUUCUGACUACCUAAAACAGUGAUGGCCAAACUUGACCCUCCAGCUGUUUUGGGACUACAACUCCCAUCAUCCCUAGCUAACAGGACCAGUGGUCAGAGAUCACAGAGGUCAUUGACCUAAAACAAGUAGGUGUUUGGGGUGGGAAUACUUCUAAAGGUGCUGAUGUGCUUGGGGUCCCUUCUCUCCACAGGCAUCGGAAUGGACUCCUGUGUGAUCCCAUUGAGGCAUGGGGGUCUCUCCCUUGUACAGACCACAGACUUCUUUUAUCCACUAGUGGAGGACCCGUAUAUGAUGGUGAGCAGGCUUGACUGGAUAAAAAAGAAUUAGCCAUGUUUGUAAUGGAACAUGGUACAUUUGUGAUGUGAGACAGUUCAUGAGGACACUUGCCUUGUGUGUCAUCUUCCUCAUUCUAUAUCUUUUGCUGCAUGUGUCUGGUCUAGGGCCGCAUUGCCUGUGCUAACGUGCUGAGUGACCUCUACGCCAUGGGCAUCACAGAAUGUGACAACAUGCUUAUGCUUCUGAGUGUAAGCCAGAAAAUGACUGAGGAGGUGAGAAGUAUAAUGGAUAAUUUUGUCUCUAGAAAUACAUUUUACUUAAAUAAUAGGAAAAAUGAAUAUUUUAAUGUACAAUUUUUUUGACAUAAUUAUGGUAGGUAAUUAUGGCACAAGUGGAUUUCAGAAAAGGAACUUCUUUGUCUGGCUUCACCUGCAGAGCUUUGGUUUGUUUCAGCCUGGCUACGGCCUGGAAAUAGAUACCUCUGAACGUUUUAAGGCAAAUAAUUUAUAGAGCACAUGACUCGCUUGUCAGAGGUCUAAGGUUCAAUCCCUGGCAGCACCAGCUAAAUAAUUGGGUAAUAGGUGAUGUGUAUUAUCCCUGCCUGAUACUUAGGAGAGCCACUGCCAGUUAAAGUAGGAUUUAAGUGAAUGAUUAUUUGCAAGGAAUAAGAUCAGAAACCUAGUUCAGACACGUCAAACUGUAGUUUGUGUUGACCAUAAUUCUGGCUUCCAGACAAAAAGGUCAAACCAUGCUUUAUUUAGGUUUUCCAUUGGCAGUCUUGUUUGUGUGAUGUUCACCAGAGAUGGUGACUUGGCUCAUUUAUCACACCAAACAAUAGCUGGCCAUUUGCAAAUAUUUGCUUGUCAACUUGGGCAUCAUAAAAACCUAUGGUUUAGCUUCCUUAACAAUGGCUUUGUUUGGUGCUUGAAAUGUGAUUGCAUGACACUUCACAGAGUAAGUGCUUUAUAGACCCCGCCUUUCUGUGAAACAUACAGGUAGGAAACAGUCCUUAGUAUCCCUGACCCAGCUUUCCACCUCAGUCUUGAUUUUCUGAAUCCUUUAUUUUAUCCUUCACCCAGGAGCGGGAGAAAAUAAUGCCACUGAUAAUCAAAGGCUUUCGGGAUGCAGCAGAAGAUGGUGGCACCUCAGUAACUGGUGGGCAGACUGUCCUGAAUCCUUGGAUUAUUGUUGGAGGAGUUGCAACAGUUGUAUGUCAGCCCAAUGAGUUCAUCAUGUGAGUAAAUGCAUCUCAUUGGGAGAGACCCGAUUUGAAAAUGCAUGCCAUAGAUGUAUUUACAAGAGAGGUAAUUGUGUUGCAAUCUUAACAGUUGAAAGGUUUAGAGGAUGCUUGCUAGACAUUGGGAUCACUGAAUCAAAUAAUGAAAUGGUAGAGUUGAGCUAGGGAUUGCCCAUGCCACUUUAGAGCAAAAACAGUAGGGUUGGGGGCUGGCAAAUCCUCUUAACUAUUCCAGGACUAACAAUAUUGCUGCUUCGGCUGUCACAGUGAUCAUAAAGUUAUGUGGAAGAUGAGACCAUAGUAAUGUACAUAAUGCUCUGAAGACAAAUGAUCCAGUCUGUGAUUCAGAUAACCAGUACUGGCUUUGUAAGCUGCCUGUAUGCAAGUUUAUUUUGGGACCAUAUUAAUGCUUCCUCAGCCAUGAUUUGAUGGUUGAGGCAGCAGCUGACCUGGCAUUAUAUUACUGAGACUUGGUGGAAUUGCUGGGUGGUGUUGUCUCUUUCAGCUCUUUCAGACUUAACAGGGUUGAAGGUUGCCAUGGUCGGCAGCAAGGAUGGGGAACCAGAGGUCAUAUUUGGUCUCCCAGGCCAUUUCCCCCCAAACUAUGGCCACUUGCUGCACAUUUGAUGUCACAUUUGUCAUUGUGUGUGUUGCAGGAAGAGAUGCAGCUAGAUCCUGUGACAAAAAAUAAAAUAAAAUUGAACUCCUGAGUAUCAGUUUAGUUCAAUUCUGCUUAGUCACUGUCUCCUCCCAUCCCCACAGGCUAAUUUUGACAGGUUGGCUGGACCAUACACCAUUCAAAGUUGGCAUGUAGGGCAGAGGGAACUAAAGAUUUUGCCUUCUAGGACAAGAAGGUUCCCCCUCUCCCAAUCUAUUGGAAAGCUGUCUCUUGUUCCUGACUUGGGGAGAUAAACUUUGGACCCAGGUUUAGACACCACACUAAGAACUCUUUAAGAACUCUGUUAUGGACAGGCUAUAACUGCUAAACAUAAACAAGUAGGUCUGAGUGUGAGUUUCUUAUGAUUUUAGGCCAGACAGUGCUGUUCCAGGGGAUGUUCUUGUGCUGACUAAACCACUGGGGACUCAAGUGGCUGUAAAUGCUCAUCAGUGGCUAGAUAAUGUAAGUGCUCAUCUGUGGGAAACCUUGCGCAUCCAUUUGUAUUCCUCUAUCUAUCUAUCUGCAGGGGAUCCUCUUGUAUGCAUAGUUUUAAUAAGCUAGGAGGAACAAGGGGCAUGUGGUUGGAUGCAUUCCUUGCCCCAGCACCUUGUCCAGAUGAGCUCCUUGCUUAAGGUGAAAGUGAUCCCACAAAACAUCCUCAAUAGCGGCACUGGGUACUUUCAACAAAUGGAGAGUCGAUAUCACACCAAAGUUGAAUGACUUUAUCCUCAAAGUGCAUAGCCAGUUGGUCACAGGGGUCUUCAAAUGCUUCUCCACACUGGGAGUCAGUAACCUCCAGACCAUCUGAAAUAACUCCUCCACUGGCUAGCUACCAGAGGAGACAAUGCGAGCUGCAAAGAGAGCCUGUUUUGCAGCUCACACUGCCACAUAGUAGGCACAAUCGUGUGUUCUUACCAGUGUUUGGUCAGCUUCAGAAUGAGACGUGCACCACUUGCACUCCAGUCUUUGUCCAGCUUGUUUCAUAAUCCAGAUCUCCUCAGAGUACCAAGGAGCUGCUUGGGCUACAAAAUGCCAGUGUGGAUGUACAAAAACCACCUGUUUCAAAAGCAAGACCAGGACUUUGACAGGGUCACCAGCUUUGUCCAUGGAAAAUCACAGAGCAUUCAGGAACCUGAUUUCAUCAGUCUUUGAGCACAGGCUACCUGAAUUGGCCCACCACCCUUACAGGGAGAAAUGCCACUGUGAGUCUAAACUUAACCUGAUAAUGGUCUGACUAUGACAUGGGAAUGCAUUGUAUUCCCUCUAUCUUCAGUCCAUCCCUCAUAUCACAUGGGGGCAAAGAUCACAUGGGGUGUGCCACACCUGGUGUGUUGGACCGAUAACUACCUGAGAGGGAUCCAUGGUUGUCAUGGAGGCCACAAAGUUUCGAGCUGGCCUGAUAGCAGCCUCCGCGUGGAUCUUGAAAUCACUCAAGAUUAUCAUUUUAGUAUCCCCAAGACUACAUCUGCCAGCUAGAUCAGGGAUGCUGCUGGACAACAGGGCAAUCAGACCCUCAAUCUGCCUCUCUCUGGCCCAAUACAAGGAGUAGAUUCCCUAAGCACAUCCCAAGGUCAAGAGGCUUCCUGAUCAAGGAGAUGGUGCUAUUAUAGACAGGUUGCAUUAGACUAACUUGAGACCCCUGAAUUUGUUAGCGAGAAAUGCAGCCUCAAAACAAUUUCUUAACAUACUACUUUUCCAUUUCAGCCAGAACGGUGGAAUAAAAUUAAGCUGGUGGUCUCCAGAGAAGAUGUUGAACUGGCAUAUCAGGAAGCCAUGUUCAGUAUGGCCAUGUUGAACAGGACAGGUAUGGGGGGGGGUUGACUUGUUCUUCAUUUAUAAGGCAAAGGAUUGACACCACUGUGGCAGCAAAUGCAAUUAUUAUUAUUUUAAAAAACCAGGAUACUAUACCUAUAGUUGUACUGGAGACCUCCUACAUGUCAUCUAGAACACAAAGGUUUUUGAUUGUUUUGGAAAACACAUGGUCCACCUAGAGUUCCUCAUUGAGGCAGAAGGUGGGAUAGAAAUAUUCAAAAUAAAUCUUGAAAGUCUGCCCAUGUACUUCUCAAGUUCUUGGGGCAUUCGAGUCCCAGGACCUUCUGAAUUCUUCUAAUCUUCAUCUUUUAACCUUCAUCUUUAAAGGAGAAAAUAUGUUGAAAUGUGGAAUGCCUUGUUUUAUGUACAAUAAUAAUUUUUAUUUUUUUACAUAUCAGUUGAUUAGUAUUUCUCAUCACAAAAAGUUACCAUUGGGAUGAAAGUAAUAAAGCUCAGGUGAUUUAAGAUUCCAUCUGCAGAUAUGUGUGCAGAUUAGACCUGGGUGAUUUUUCAAUAUAUUGUUCAAAAUCGAUUAGGAAGUCCACAUCACGGUAACUUUCAUAAAAUGUUACCUGGCAAACAUCAUGAAUUUGAGAAAACCCGUGUGCUUCUUAGUGCUUCCGGUGCCUCCUACAGAAGCAGCAAGCGACUCACAAGAGCAGGCGUAGCAGCUAUCACUAUGUUUCAAUUCUGCAGCGAGCCCCAGCUCAGCUCCACUGCCUCUGCAGGUGACGAUUAUGAAAGUAGCUGGGAAACCACCACCAGCAGCAGCAACUUAAAAGACUAUGUUCUGCUUGCUUAAAGUAGGCUAGUACCCAGUGUGACAGGCUGGUAGGUGUGGUUUGCAGAGAUGCUGGUCUGAGCUGGCUUGGGGAUUCUUGCUGGAAGCCCCCUUUCCCCUCUCCUUACCCAGUGAAAGAACAAACAGGGUUGUUUUCUUCAGAGUAAGAACAAAAAAGGUUGCCCUGUUAUUUAAGUCUUUCUUUACUCCCCUGCGCAUGUGUGCCUGAAGCGGCUCUCUCCCCUCUGAUGCCUUUACUGCCUGUCUCCCCUUCUGCCACUGUGUGUGUGUGUGUGUGUGUGUGUGUGUGCGCGCGCGCAUGCGCAUGCCUUUCUCUCCCCUCCCUUUACUACUGUCUGAGGUUUUGAUGCAGCCCCUUCUCCCCCGCCCCCAUGAAAGUAAGAACAAAAAAACAAGUUGCUGUGUAAGACAUAGUUGGUUCACUCUAAAUAGCUUCCCUCGUAUGAAAAAGGCUUUCCUCCUUCCCUUUGAUAAAAAGGGAGAGAAUGGUGUGAUGGGGGCCCUUCUGUGUCACAAUGGGAAGAAAUGAAGAGGGGGAAGAUUUAACAGUUGCUGCCUCGUGCUGAAAUGGGAGGUUGAGUGUUGUGAGGCAAGAAUGAUAGGGAGGGUGGGUGCUUGUUGGUAAGGAGUCCAAGCAAAUGUGUGUCUACUCAGAAGUAAGCUCUACUAAAUUCAAUGGGGCUUACUCCCAGGAAAGUAGAAGCAAGUUUAGCUGAACUCAGGAGGGCUUACUCAUGCAUAGAAUUGCAGUUGGCCCUCUGAGUUGGGAAGGAGAUGCAACUUGGCACUAGUAAAUUACAUAAAUUACUCUUAAAUUAGUAGAAAACAGAUUGAAUUGUUAAUCAUAUGCAAGUUUAAUAUUGUAAAUUUUUAAUUUGCCCCUAAAACUGCAUAGAACAUUAAUAUAUUCUCCAGAAAUCUUUAAUGGUUUGGUUGAAGCAUGCUAUCAUCGAGUUAAUUUUCAUAUAAUUAUAUGCAUCAAAUUUAGAUUAUUAUUUUGUUGUUGUUCCAAUAUUUUCCCAGAUUAUUUGUAUUCACUCUGAUUCACCACUGUAUUUUGGAUUGUCCUAGGCCUGAAUAUUCAUGCCCAAAAGCAUCCUGUUUGGAUGCAUUUUGGCUUGCCUGCUGAUGAAAGUGAUGAUUUAGUGUGUGGUGAUUUAGACCCGUAACUUAGUAGCAGUUGCAAGGACAUUACCAUGUUCGCCUCUACGUAGCUCCAUCUUAUUUCAGAUAAUUGUGAUGUAUUGGUAUAUUGCAAUGUUUAGCUGUAUCGUUAUAUUGAAAACCAGAUAUUGCCCAGCCCUAGUGCUCUUCAAAAUUUGAUACUUUUAAACAAAGGGGGAAUUGAGUCCAUAACUUAAUUUGCUGACAGAACUGGGUGUACACUAGUGGCCCAAAUUGUGGAAACGUUUUGGAAAACGUGUAUUUCCGAGGUUUGAUGGCUCCUAACACCACUUCUUCUUUUUUAGUAAUACCAUAAAAUUAUAUAUCAAUGGAAAAAUAAUUUAAUGAAGAAUGUAAUGCAACAAAGUUUGUUCAAUUAUCUGUCAAAAGUUAUAGCCAAAUAACCAGAAAAAGGAAGCACAGCUUGCUUAGGUUGAUAUGCAGUAGCUAUCCUUCAUUUGAAUGUAGCAAAUGAGCAUGAGUGUUUAGAGAGCCAAUCAGGUGUCAACUUGUUUGGGCAAUGAUUCAAUCAGAUCACAGUAGGAUUCAGCUAUUGAUGUUAUCAAGCUGGUUGUUUUUGUGUUGUUUUGUGGUUUUUUGUUUUUUUGUUCUUUCAUUUAGUAAAAUAGUACUAUUAAGUGAACAAGGCUACAAUUAUGAAGAAAUUAGAAGAAAAAUUGGUGGAAACUUAACCAAAGGUGGCAUUGCUAGAUUUUUGAAGAGGUAUAAGGAGACUCAGUCACUACAAAAUCAGACUGGAAAACGCAGGAAAAGGUGCACAACAGCAGGUGACAAUGGAAGAAUUGAGAGACUGUGUAUAUGAGAUAGAAUAAAAUCAUCUGGGUGUAUACAAGAUGACAUGGUGCAAUGUAAUGUGAAGUUGAGUGCAAGAACUGUUUGGCACAGACUGCAGGAAUACGGUCUAAAUGCUAGAAUUCCAAGGAAAAAGCCAUUGUUAUCUCAAACAAAGGUUGAAAAGAUCAAACUGGGCUAAAACCCAUGUUAACUGGACAGCAGAACAAUGGGACAGUGCUAUUUGGAGGGAUAAGACCCAAAUCUCCUUGCUUUUGGUAGUGAUGGCAUGAAAUACAUGAGAAGAAUCAGAGAUUUCCAUUCUACUUGCAUUGCAAGUACCAUGAAACACCCAGUUAAGUGUUAUGAUCUGGGGCUGUAUGAUAGCAAAAGGUGUGGGCAUAAUUUGCAUUAUUAAUGGGAAUGUAAAUGCCCAAUAUUACAUAACCCAGACCUUAACCCAGUCGAAAAUCUAUGGAGCCAACCAAAGAAACUUGUUAGUCAGAAGCAACCCAGCAAGAAAACCCAAUAAAUGGAGGCAAUAAUUCAAUCUUGGUUUCACAUUAUUACAGCUGCAGAACUAAAAAAACUUGGUUCACUCCACAGGAAAGUGUUUAAGGCCAUAAUUAAAGCUAAAGGUUACCCAACUAUUAACUGACGUGGUGAGAAUUUUUGUAUAUCUCACUUUUUCUAUGUUUCACGUUUCUUCUUUAUGACUGCUGUUGUAAUAAAUAAUCCUUCAUAAAAGUUAUUGCAUUACAUUCUUCAUUAAAUUAUCUUUCCACUGAUAUAUAAUGUUAUGGCAUUACUCCAAAAAAGUGUUUUCCCUGGAAAGUGGCUUGUAAGGGAGUGCAGCCCUUGGGCUGAAAAGAUUUCCAUCCUCUUAGACAUGAGGCUCUAGGACCUGAGUGGACCCGAUUUCCCCAUACCUUGAUGGGCAGGUAUUAAUGAAGAAUUAAUUUACAUCGUAUAUGUAAAGCCAAAGGUUACUGCAUCCCUGCUGGACACAUAAUGUUGCUACUACCCUUCAGAAGCUGCCUCCUGAUGAAGUAGUGAUUGGUUCUUGCUGUAUUAGGUAUAGGCUAGACAGUGGUUGUUUGGAGAUUGCUAGCAGCAAUUGUGACUGCUACUUUGCCAUUACUUCUGCUUUUAAAUGUUCAUGCUCUUGGUCUUUCAGCUGCCAGCUUGAUGCAUACUUUCAAUGCCCAUGCUGCUACAGAUAUUACAGGCUUUGGUAUUCUGGGUCAUGCACAGAAUUUGGCCAAACAGCAGCGCAGUGAGGUGUCAUUUGUCAUCCACAAUCUGCCUAUCCUUGCCAAAAUGGCUGCUAUUAGCAAAGCGUGUGGCAACCGGUCACGGCUACUACAAGGAACAUCCCCCGAGACAUCUGGUAAGAUCGAUAGUCUGCGCUAUAGGAGCUGAAGGUGGGGUCGAAGGGAAUUUAAACCUGUAAGUGACCUGUAACUUGCUCUCCUACAUGGCAGGUGGGCUGCUGAUCUGUUUACCCCGAGAGCAGGCUGCUCGCUUCUGUGCAGAGAUCAAAUCUCCCAAAUAUGGAGAAGGACACCAAGCCUGGAUCAUUGGCAUUGUGGAGAAGGGCAACCAGACCGCUCGCAUCAUUGACAAACCCCGUAUCAUUGAAGUGACACCCCGUGGGGCCAGUGCCUCCCCUCAGGAUAAUAAUUCCAGUGCCAGCCCUGAAGCUGCAUCAUGAGGUGGCAAAAUAGUUUUCUUUUAUCCACUGUAGGUUCUGGGAUUGAAAAGGGUAGCACCCGAGCCUUUGGAUCAGUGUGCAGUUACCUUCUACAGCAAAAUGAUCCUCAGAACACUAUCAGUUGGUGGCUGGUUCCUUCCUGCCAUCUGAUGUGAUCAAUUUUAAAGUCAUUUCCUGCAAGCAGGUAAAUUGCGGACACUCUUGAUUUUGGAGAAGAUGGUAACUUGAAUUAUUUAUUGGAAUAGUUCUGCUUGUUAUUGAGCUCUCCCAGCUUUUGGUCAGACUGAGCAGCUGGUCCAAAAGGAGGGUGGGUGACUUAAAAAGCCAUUUGGUUGGGCCAGAGGUCUCUCCUCUCAUUAUGAAGCACCUCCGUUAAAACCCAAUCAUGGGCUUGGAGGAGCAGAGGAAACCUGGAGGAGCAGCACCAAGCUCAGCUUCAUGGAUUGUUCCUUGGGUUGUAAAUUAUUGGUGAUUGAGUUAAUAAAGUUGAUUUCUACAACUAUUGUGGUAUUUGGAAGGGUGAAGUACUUACACACUGUUAACAGAGGAG